AUGGGGCAUCUUUCACGGUCUCUUUCCGAACAUCUUCAGGGAAUCGCUGGGGCAAUUGCUUCAUUCUCAUCGUCAAUCUUGGAUCAUGUCACACUGAAACGACGUGGAAAUGAGGAUUCUGACGAGGACGAUGAUGACUUCGAUUCCAUCGAUAUAGAUCCAUGCGAAGCAGUGUUGGAAAGGGUGAAAGUGAAGCGUAUCGGUAAAUACGUGGAAGCUAUUCGCGCGAAGACUCAACCAAGCGAUAAGAAGAACAUUCCUGUUGUUGAGGUUGGGUCUCCUUCAUGUAGUUGGGAUCAGGUUUGCUAUAAGGUGAAGUUGGCCGACGGGGUUAGCUGGAUCCUCAAAGUCCCUGCUAUUGGAACGCCUGAUCAAUUCGACGAGGACGAUGCCGAAGCCCUUCGCUCGGAAGCAUUGACAAUGAUCAUGUUGCGCCGUGAGACAACAAUUACAAUCCCCGAAGUCUUUUCAUACAACAAUACAUGCAAAAACAAGCUGAAAGUUCCCUUCAUUCUGAUGGAGUUCAUUGACGGUCGGCAUUUGGAAGAUGUUUGGCAUGACCGGGAAUCCCCAAAAGAGGUUGUUCAGGCUCGGCGCACACGCUGUCUGCAGGAUAUUGCUUCUGCCUAUCUCCAGCUUGGAAAGUACACAUUCAACGAAAGUACACCUUUGAGAUUUGACGACCAAGAUCGCCUUAUCGGUGCUGUGCCAGUAAACAACGACCCAUUCUCGGGCCUCAGGGAGGCUUACACUUCUCGUCUGGAUCGGUGGGUUAAAGGGAAGAAUGAGUUUGAUGGAGGGCUGCUAAAGCUUCUUCGGAUGUUUGCCGACUGGACUCCAGAGUCAAGUUCCGGAAAAUCUUUCGUUUUGACGCAUCCAAACCCAAAUAUCUUUAACUUCCUUGUUUCAGACGAUGGCUCUGUGCGGGCAAUCCUCGAUUGGCACGGCGCAGAAGCCGAGCCGCCGAGUAUAGGGAAUGAGAUAUAUCCCCUAUGGCUGAUGCGCGAUUGGGAUCCGACUGUGUACAUUUGGAACGAAGAGAUGGAACAGGGAAUCCAUGACGAAAACUAUGUUUGGGAAGACUCACCGGACACGCUGGAGUUCUAUCGAAAUGUCUAUGCGAAAUGUAUCGCAAAUCUGCAACCAGAAAGCGACAACGCCAAAGUGACCCGCAAUUCCCCUCUCUUUCAACAUUUGAUGAUGGCAAUGGGAGGAUCGAUGUUUAGCUUAGGCAUUACCAGAAAGAUCUUUCUCGAAGUUAUGAAGCGAGUGGAGAAGAACGUGGAUGAUAACACCUGGCCAUUCAAACCAUCCAACAACGAUAAAAAGGACGACAAGGACAGCAAAAAUCAUAGUUCUUCCAAGGAGGAAGAUGCGACUGGCUAUCACAAUUCACCGAACGAGACAGAGGACCAAGCAGAACAUGGAGGUAUCGAAGCGGACAUUGAUGGAGAAGAUGAAAACGAACUUAUUGAUAUUUAUGAGUUCGUCAAGGCUUUGGACAAAGAUGGUCUAUGUGAGCAUCGACAAAAGCUUCUCAAGGCCGGAUUUGAUGCUUUAUUUAUUCGUUAA